GAGGAAAGAGAAGACAGCGGCUUUUUGCAUCUCUACACGUUUGAAAAUUUCUAUGUAAAUCCACCGUCUGUACAUUUUUCAAUCUCCUGUGCCAGAAAAGUUGGAAAGUCGUAGUUAACGAGAACCAUGGGGGCAUAUCUGUCGCAACCGAACACAGCCAAGACCACCUCCGAUGGCGGCAACAGCAACAUGAGCUUCGGCUUUUCUGCCAUGCAGGGCUGGAGAGUCUCUAUGGAGGAUGCUCACAACUGCAUCCCAGAUUUCGAUGAGGACACAGCUAUGUUUGCUGUGUACGAUGGACAUGGAGGUGAAGAGGUAGCUCUGUACUGUUCAAAGUAUCUUCCUGACAUAAUCAAAGAGCAGAAGGCUUAUAAAGAUGGCAAACUGCAAAAGGGACUUGAGGAUGCAUUUUUGGCCAUCGACAGCAGAAUGACCACAGAGGAGGUCAUCAAGGAGCUGGUGCAGAUUUCUGGACGACCGACUGAGGAGCUACCUGCUGAAAAGGUGGCAGAGGAGGACGACUUGGACACAGAGGAGGCAGCUCUGCUCCACGAGGAGGCCACUAUGACCAUCGAAGAGCUGCUGGUUCGCUACGGCCAGAACCUUAAAGCUGCCAAACACACUGCAGCCAUCAGUGGGGCAGCUAAGAAGGCGUCCUGCUCAGAUGCGGGGGCUUCUGGAGAUAAAGGAGAAGAUGCUGAGGGGCAGAAGAAAGAAGGAGUGAAUGGAGAAGUGGACGAGAAAGAGAGCAAUGAGAAGGUGAAGGAAGGACAAGGAGCGACGUGUGAGUCGAAGCUGAGAGCCUGUCGCAAAACAGGAAGUGAAGGGAGUAGUUCAGUAGUUGAUGGUGGAGAGUCGGGAAGCUCUAACGGAGAGGGGAAAGCUGGUAAGACUGAAGGAGAUGCCGGGCCUUCCUGCUCCUCUUUGUCCUCUAAGGCUAAAGGAGAUUCCAAAUCCAGGUUUUUUGAUGACAGUGAAGAAUCCGAAGAGGGAGAGGAGGAGGAAGAGGAGGGCAGUGACGAAGAGGAUGGAAGUGAUGAAGAAGAGGGAGACAGCACUGAGUUAGAAGAGGACACAGAGGAGGGAGAGGAGGACUCUGAGGAUGAAGACGAAGGGGAAAUGUGUCUGCCUGGAAUGGAUGGCAAAGAAGAGCCCGGCUCAGACAGCGGCACCACCGCUGUUGUAGCGCUGAUCCGAGGGAAGCAGCUAAUUGUGGCCAACGCUGGUGACUCUCGCUGUGUCGUCUCUGAACGAGGCAAAGCUGUUGACAUGUCUUACGACCACAAGCCAGAAGACGAAGUGGAACUGGUUCGCAUCAAAAAUGCUGGCGGGAAAGUGACCAUGGAUGGACGAGUCAAUGGUGGACUGAAUCUCUCCAGAGCCAUUGGUGACCACUUCUAUAAAAGGAACAAGUCCCUGCCACCGGAGGAGCAGAUGAUUUCUGCUAUGCCCGACGUCAAAGUUCUCACGCUGAACGAGGAACAUGACUUUAUGGUCAUCGCCUGCGAUGGCAUAUGGAAUGUUUUAAGCAGUCAGGAGGUGGUGGACUUCGUCAGCGCGAGGAUCAAACCAGACAAAGAUGGCCAAGUUAGACCCCUCACGUCCAUAGUUGAGGAGUUGUUGGACCACUGUUUGGCACCUGACACAUCUGGAGACGGGACGGGAUGUGACAACAUGACUUGCGUCAUCGUCACGUUCAGGCCUCAUCCCACUCAGUCAGACGACACAAAGAAGAGGAAGCACCAGGAAGAGGCAGAAGGGACUGAAGUUGAGGAGAAUGGAAACGACAGCAAAAAGACGAAAAGCGAAUAAAGGAAGAGCGAAACUAUCCCAGGGGGAGCAACUGGUCUCACGCUACCGCAGAUACACCCGAGACACAUUCUGUACAAAAAUUCAAUCUUUACCUCACUAAAGUAAUUUCACGCUGAAGCAGACGUCACAAAGACUAUAUGUAUGCUCAAAGAUCAGUUGAACUAAGAUCAUCUGUAUAGUUUUUUUUUUCGUGCUGUUGGUGGGUUCUCACAACACACCCAUACAAUGAUUUUGAUUGGUCCAGUUGAAGUGAACUUUUAGUUCUUGAAUAUAAAAAGAGGCAGGUUUGCCACUCCCUGCCUCGUUAAGUAGCGCUGCAGUUUCCAUAAAUUACUCUGCAGGAAGAACUAAUCCACAGACCUGUUAUUAUUAUUAUUUUUUGGUAUCUGAACAUUUUCGAAGCUCCUCCAUUCCUGCAGUCGAGCACGUGUACAGCAUCUCUUUCCAUCCGGCAGCUUCAGCUUUUUUUUUUUUUGAUGAAGCUUGAAGAUUGU